AUGAUGUGGAAGCUAAAAUGUCUGCUGCUGAUAAUCUCAGCACUUUUCGUCGCUCAAACGUCAGCCCAAGUCAGCAGACUGCUGAAUGGGUUGGCUCCGGAGGUGGCGCACUUUGACGCGUCUGCCGGUGUCGCCACGGCCACGGGCUCUAACGCGGUGGUGACCUGGGACGACGUCAAAUUUCAGACUCGGCCAACGAACCGCCUGACCUUCGCCGGAACGGGCUGCCGCCUGGUUCCAGCUGCCGCCGGCACCAGCGCCUCCGUGUACUUCAGCGGCUCCUGCUACGGCCGCAACCUUGGCCUCCUUGAUGCCGCCUGGAGCACCGCCCCCGACUCGGCCUUCACAGCCGUGUGGAUCGGUCGCCUGAAUUCGGUCACGGAACCACAGACCUACAUGACCAUGAGCCGGAUCCCCGGAGAAUAUUUCUGGGAGAUUUAUUGGGCUCAGAAAAAUUUGUUCGUGUUCGGAGAUCUCGACGAACUAUUCGGCAUCAACGCGAAUACUACUUUGCCUCCCGCUGGUCAGUGGACCAUGGACGUGUUCUCCCGGCAACCGGGUGCAACCUCCGCUUACCAUGCCCGCUACAGCUCAAGUGGCAGCCUCUCCCUGACCUCCUUAACCAGCAAGCCCUGCAGACUGGACAGGGAUAACCUCGUGGUGGGGGCUGAUUACCGGGACGGCGACAAGUACCUGGUCGGCAACAUGGCGGUGUUGCUGAUUUACAACCGGUCGCUGUCUUCGUCCGAGCUGCUGGAUCUUGCGCAGAGCUAUGCUCCGCGGUUUGGAUGGCCUGCGCCAGUCAGGCCUCCGCCUCCACAUUCUCCAUCGCCUCCACCCCCGUCCCCACGCCCACCGCCGCGCCCACGUUCGCCACCCCCCUCACCACCACCUUCACCGCCACCCCGCUCACCACCACCUUCGCCGCCACCCCCCUCACCACCACCUUCGCCGCCACCCCCUUCACCACCACCUUCGCCGCCACCUUCGCCGCCACCUUCGCCGCCACCUUCGCCGCCACCUUCACCACCUCCGCCACCGCCAGUUUCACCACCUCCACCACCGCCAGUUUCAUCACCACCACCGCCAGCUUCGUCCCCAAGCCUGACCCCGGCCCCAGCGGAUGGAUAUUACGUCGGCUGCUACAACGACAGGAAGAGCAACAGCAGUCGCCUGCUGCCUGUGUUCCUCGCGUACAACAAGCAAUUUGUGACGCCGUCGACAUGUGCGAACCUCGCACGUGCUGCAGGCCUGAAGCUGUACGGUGUGCAGUUCAGGGGCCAGUGCUAUGGUGGGAACGACCUGGGGCUGGCUACGUCUCUUGGCGAGGGCAAUGGUUGCACAAUGAACUGCACAGGCGAUAACUCCAAAAUCUGCGGAGGUUCCUGGUUAAACAGUUUGUACUCGCUCGUUGAGCUUCCACCUCCACCAUCUCCGCCAUCGCCACCCCCCUCCCCAAGCCCGCCGCCGCCGCCCCCUCCACCACCCCCACCACCACCUCCUUCGCCGCCACCUUCACCACCACCAAGCCUGCCCCCCCCGCCAGCUGAGGGAGUUUACAUCGGCUGUUACAACGACAGGAAGAGCAACAGCAGUCGCCUGCUGCCUGUGUUCCUGGCGUACAACAAGCAGUUUGUGACGCCGUCGACAUGUGCGAACCUGGCACGUGCUGCAGGCCUGAAGCUGUACGGUGUGCAGUUCAGGGGCCAGUGCUAUGGUGGGAACGACCUGGCGCUGGCUACGUCUCUUGGCACGAGCACUGGUUGCACCAUGAACUGCACAGGCGAUAACUCCAAAACCUGCGGAGGUUCCUGGUCAAACAGCUUGUACUCGCUCAUCGACCCUAAUCUCCUUCGUCGCCUCCACCGCUGA